UCGAAUGUCGCUUCAACUUGGGUCGGUAAAGCAGAUACCGUUAUCAGGAUUACCAACUUCUAACCUAUUCUAACCUAGAAUUAUGAAAAUAGUUGUUGAAAUUCGCUAAAAUGUUGUUCUAUUCGUUUUUCAAGUCACUGGUGGGUAAAGACGUGGUCGUGGAGCUCAAAAAUGACCUCAGCAUCUGUGGGACCCUGCACUCCGUAGAUCAGUAUCUGAAUAUCAAACUCACCGAUAUUAGUGUAACGGAUACGGAAAAGUACCCCCACAUGCUUUCUGUGAAGAACUGUUUUAUUCGGGGCUCCGUGGUUCGCUACGUGCAGCUCCCGGCGGACGAGGUGGACACCCAGUUGCUCCAGGACUCGGCUCGGAAAGAAGCGACAGCCCCCACGCGAUAAUUUUAAGCCAAAUUUGUACUUUAUUUUGUAUUUUUCUUUAUUUUCAAUGACAUGAUGAUGAACAAUUUCUGUGAAAUUACGUUUCUGUCGUGUGUUGUGACUAUCUCAUUGCCACAGUUAGUAAUAAAGGGGUUUAGGAUUGAAACAGUG